GCCGCCGGGCCAGGAGUCCUCCGGCCAUGGGCAAACGCGCCGGCCGCGGCCAGCUGCUCCGCGCGCUGACUAAGAAGCAGAAGCGGCAUCUGCGCGACUUCGGCGAGGAGCAUCCCUUCCACGACAGGGUGUCCGGGAAGGAAGCUAAACCCCAGAUUUGCCAGCUGUCAGAGAUUUCGGAUGCUUCAAGUUCUGAGAGCGAGGAAGAGAGUGAACCAGAGCAAGUGUCUGGGUAUCAGAAACUGCUCGCCACAUUGAAGAAUGUUUCCAAGGACGAGGAGGAGGAUGAGGAGGAGAACGAGGACGACUCUGGUGGAGAUGAUGCAGAGGUGGACAACACAGAGGGUGGCAGUGAGAUCAGCGUGGAGACGGACAUGGCCCCCGAGUCCACGGAAUCGCAGCCCAAUGUGGCCUUAUUCUCUGACCCUGAGGGGAAAAUUGGGACUGGCCCUUCUGGAACCUCGCAAGACUCCCCUGAGGAGUUUACAGAUGCAAAGCACGAGUCUCUCUUCAGCCUGGAAACCAACUUUCUCAAGCAGAGUGGAGGCCGCUGUGGUCCUCAGGUAUCUGCAGAUCCGUUUCUGCAGCACAUGAGCCGAGAGCUGAGAGAGAAAGAAGUCCAGGCUGUUGCCACGAACCCCAGAACCACGCAGCAGCUGAAAUGGCCUGUCCUCGGCCAGCUCAUCUUCUCGUCCAAGUUUCAGACGUUGGAAACAUUCAAACCCCCAAGGGACGUCGACAUUGCGUCCCUUCACCUCCAGAAGCCCCUGGAUUCAACGUGGCCCAAAACGAACAGCUGCUUCCUCUCCAGCUGCCCUGGGGCCAGCAGCCCCUUCACCCCCCUGCAGAAGGAGCUCUUCCUGCUCAUGAACUCAUACCGGGACCUGCUCUUCCCGGAGAGGACUGCGACGCGCAACGGGGAGGAGGUGCGCCACGCCUACUGCCUGCAUGCGCUCAACCAUGUGCUCAAGGCCAACGCCCAGGUGCUGGGCAACAAUGGCUGGCUCCGCAGCCAGAAGCUGCACAAGCUCGGGCUGGGUGACGACGGCGACCUCAGGGAUCAGGGCCUUACCAGGCCCAAGGUGCUUAUUGUGGUGCCCUUCCGGGAAGCGGCCCUACGGGUGGUGCACCUCUUCAUCCAGCUGCUGGAGGGCGACAGCAAGAAGAUCAUUGUGAGCAACAAGAAGCGCUUUCAGAGCGAGUACGGCUCGGACCCCGAGGAGAGGCCCCCCAACCUGAAGAGGCCGGAGGACUAUGAGGCUGUGUUUGUGGGCAACAUUGACGACCACUUCCGCAUCGGUGUGGCCGUGCUGCAGAGGAGCCUCCGGCUCUACGCCCCCUUCUACUCCUCGGACAUCCUCAUCGCCUCCCCCCUGGGCUUGCGGACGAUCAUUGGUGCAGAGGGGGAGAAGCAGCGGGACUUCGACUUCCUGUCCUCCAUUGAGCUGCUGGUCAUUGACCAAGUGGACAUUUACCUAAUGCAGAACUGGGAGCACCUGCUGCACUUGAUGAGCCACAUGAACCGGCUGCCCUCAGACCCCCAUGGGGUGGACUUCUCCCGUGUGCGUAUGUGGAGCCUCAAUGGCUGGGCAAGGCACUAUCGCCAGACGCUGCUGUUCGGGGCGCUGCAGGACCCCCAGAUCAACGCCGUGUUCAACAAGCACUGCGUCAACAUGGAGGGCCAGGUGGCUAUACGGAGCACCCCGAUGACCGGCUCCAUCAGCCACGUCCUGCUGCAGCUGCCGCACGUCUUCCAGCGCCUGGAGGCUGAGAAUCUGGCUUCUGUGAUUGAUGCCAGGUUCUCUUUCUUCGUGGACAAGGUGCUGCCACAGUACCGUGACGCCGUCAUGUCCCAUACGCUCGUCUAUGUCCCCUCCUAUUUUGACUUUGUGCGGCUCCGAAACUACUUCAAGAGGGAGGACCUGAGCUUCACCCACAUUUGCGAAUAUACCCGGAAGCCAGCUGUGUCCAGGGCCCGGCACUUCUUUCUGCGCGGCGAGAGGCAGUUCCUGCUGCUCACCGAGCGCUUCCACUUCUACAAGAGGUACACCAUCAAGGGGGUCCGGAACCUGAUCUUCUACGAGCUGCCAACAUACGCCCACUUCUACAGCGAGCUGUGCGACAUGCUGCGGGCUGGCGGCGGGGUGGAGGCAGCCUGGACCUGCACCGCACUCUACUCGAGGUAUGACGCCCAGCGGCUGGCCGCUGUGGUGGGCAUGGAGCGGGCCGCACAGAUGUUACAGUCCAAGAAGAACGUGCACCUCUUCGUCACUGGGGAGAGAUGAGCCCACCGCAGGCCAAGAGUGGCGCUCAGCAAGAUCGUGCUGUGGAUCCAAGCCCUGGGACCUGUCUGGGCACUGGCGAAGCUACUCCUUGCAGGCUGCGUGGCCCUGAAAAGCUGCGUGAGUGCUAGGACUUGGCAGCUGGUGUCUCGGGGUCAGCAGGGCUCCGUGGAGCACCUGGAAGGAAACGCCUGGGUGUGUGAGCUGACAGUCAGGCCUCGCGACAGUGAGAUGGCGCUUGCUCAGUCUUGGAGGCGAGGAUUUGACCUGGGGAGGGGUGGGGCAGCUCUGAUCCCACUAGUGCUGCUCCAGCAAACAACUGGGCAAGGCCGCCAUGGGUGGAGCAGAGAGUUGGACAUCGAGAUUGGGGCUGUCUCUGGGUAGUGGUUUCUGCUUUUCAGCUGCACCUGUGUGCGUGCAGACAUGCUGUGGAGGGAGGCAUCAGGACAUUCUCGUCCUCCUAAAGUUCGUCCCAUGGAGAAGCAGGGCUGGGGCCCGCAGUUGGGUCUCCAGUUGGCUCCUUGUCCAUGGCGGGGGGUGGGGGCGGACAGCUGGGUCUGACCCUGCAGGUCACAGGCCAGAGCCUCUUGGCUGCGCGGGGCCUGCUCCCAGCACGCUGUCUACUCACUGUGGGCCUCUUGGCAGCCCUGUGGCCCUGACUGUGACCUCGCCUCACUUAACUGCACUCGGCAAACUCCCGUGAUGCUGUCUUCGAGUGAGACAGAAUCCCUGCCCAUGAGAACCUGCCCCGGGGGAGGUACCUCUCACAGCUGAAGCAGCCGCCCUGGGUCACAUGGGUCUACAGAACUACUGUUUCUCCCCAGCAUCUUCCCUGAAACCUCCAAGAUGCUAGUUUUAAUUCAACCUGGAAGGGUCAUUCACUGAUUUUUUUUUUUUUUGGGGGGGGGGCCCUUGCCGGCGGCCAGGGAACGAACCAAUGCUGCAGAGGCUGCGGGCAGCCUCGCAGCCCAGCGCUCAACCGCUGCACCAGCAGGGGAGGCCCCAUUCACUGAUUGUUUUUAAACACACAGCAGGAAAUGUUUUAAUUAAAAAUAG